AAAUCUGAACCGUUAGUUUUACCCUAGGACCUAUGUCUCCUCGAGCUCGACUCGAUUCUCUCUGGCCUUCUCGCCUCGUCGUCUCCUCCACCACCCCGAGCUCGACUCUGUUGAUUAUGACCUCGUCGUCAGCAAUGCCCAGACCAAUGAAGGUGAAAGGUGGAAGAUAAGGUGGAGUACACUGAACCAGAAAGGACUAGUUUCCCGGCGGCUGAAUAAGCUGUCUGGAGAAGAGUGGCUCCAGAUUCUUGAGAAUUAUGUUAGCUUCUGAGGAGAGGACCCUAUAAAGAAUUAUUAUAAACUUCUCUUUUUUAUUUAGGGAAUCAUAAGAAUCAGAAAGGGACUGGUUGGAGAAGUUCUCUGCUAUGAUACGAUUUCCAUUGUCUUAAUUCCUCUCAAGAUUUUUUAACUUUGGGGGACUCACGCAUAUUUCUUCAAUCCUAGGAAAGUUGAUGUGAAUGGCGAUUCCACAUUUGCAUUCUCUGCAACCUGUGAGAGUUUCUUCCCCUUGCCGCGUUUCCGUUUCUAACCAGUAUCACUAUGGUAGAAGCAAUUUCAGUAGAAAGAGCAGUUCUCUUGUUUACGCUUCCUCCACCAGCAACUUUGACAGGGACCUCCAUCUGCAAUCAAAGGUUGAAACAGUGUUAGACAGUGUAAAAUGGGAUGAGAAAGGUUUGGCAGUUGCCAUAGCUCAAAACGUUGACACAGGAGCCAUCUUGAUGCAAGGCUUUGCUAACAGGGAAGCAGUGGCCACGACAGUUUCCUCCCGGAAGGCUACAUUCUACAGUCGGUCGCGAUCAACAUUGUGGACAAAGGGAGAGACCUCCAAUAAUUUCAUUAAUGUUCAAGAAAUCUUCCUUGAUUGUGACCGAGACUCGAUAAUAUACCUUGGGAAGCCUGAUGGACCUACUUGCCACACAGGGUCAGAGACGUGCUAUUACACCCCAGUUCUUGAUUUGUUGGAACAUCGACAGGACGAAGAACAUAAAUUGGCAUUGACCACUUUGUACUCGUUAGAGUCAACAAUUGCUAAGCGAAAAGAAGAGUUAGAAGUUCCAGAGAGUGGAAAGCCCUCAUGGACUCGGCGUCUACUAUCUGAUGAGAAGUUGUUGUGCUCAAAAAUCAGGGAAGAGGCGGAUGAGCUAUGCCGAACACUAGAGGAGAACGAAGACAGGCUGCGUGCUGCCUCAGAGAUGGCAGAUGUGCUUUAUCAUGGCAUGGCUCUUCUGGCCCGUAAAGGCGUGAAAAUGGAAGAGGUUUUGGAAAUUCUUCGGCGUAGGUUUUCUCAGUCGGGUAUCGAGGAAAAGAGAAAUCGCAAGUCACAAACCUAGGCAUAGGCAGCUUAGCCUGUCAAGUUUAAUGAUAUUCUUUGAUCAAAUUUUUCCUGUUCUUCUUAAUCGUUUUAUUCACCAGGUACUGUGGUCUCAACUGCUAAAAGACGUAUUUAUGAACGUUUAUUUGCAGUUAAUUUGAUUAGUGUGUGUUUUAAACUGAUUUCGUUGUGAGUGUCAAUUGUUUGGAUUCGAAAUUAUCAACGUAUAUCCGGUUGAUCA